CCCAUAAAGAAACGCGCGUGCGCAGCGGCAGAAAGAGUCAGUUGGUCGUCGGCAGCCUCCGCGUAGAGUCACAACAGUUCCAGAGUCACCGAGUCGUGCUCCGGUCCGUCAAGGAGCAUUUUGCAUGUUUAUUUGUAUUUUUCAUUAUUUAUAAAGCAACUUGUUUUCAAAGUCAUUACGUGUCGUGCAGCCGCCAAUUGUGAAUUCUUAAAGAGCAAGUGCAAGUGCAAUUGCAGACAAUAUAUAUUUAUAUUUUUUGGGGCUUUUCGGGAGCUUCCUCAGUGCACUCAUCACCACCACCUGGUCUGCAUACGAAAUCCGGAGGAAAUCCAUAAACAAGGGCAGCCACUAUGCAAAUGGAAAAGCGAACGCUUUUGGUUCUGCUGCUGGGCUUGGUCGUGGCUUUGCUGGCGGAUUCCUCGCUUGCCGCCAGGCGUCUGCGAAAGAAGCCCAAGGUCUACAAUGCCCUGAUCACGACGGACGACAAUCUGACCUCCAGCCGGGCCUAUCCGGUCAUCCAACCCACGAUCCAUGAGCCUGGGUAUGCUCCCUUUGGACCCUACAAUCCCUAUGGCUUCUACAGUCCGCCGCUGGUGAGAUUCGGCCAGCCAAUUGUGCCGGGUUUGAUGCCAAAUGAGAGGUUGCCGUAUCCCCUGCCCACUUCCUCGCAAUAUCCCUCGGGCUUUGCCCCCUAUGAACCCCAGCAACCUGCAGAAGCCCCUGUGCAGGAACAGCAGCCUCUGCCACAGGCGCCACCCGGUAACCUGGAGCCCAAAGAAAUGCCCAAGGAGCAGAUGAUGCCACUGCCCCUCAACCAACAGGGUUUGCCUCCCGUGCUCAUCCCCCUCCCAUCACAUUUUCGAGGACAACCCAUGCACCUGCCUCCAUAUCCGUACAGCCAGUAUCCAGUGAUCUACGACCAAGCGGGAUAUAUACGCCAGAACUACCUGCCGCCCUACGACUACUAUCCCAGCCAGGGUUACCCAACAGCAGCUCCGCCUGCCGCACCCCCGACAGAGGAGGAACAGCCACAAAUACAGCCUCAGAUUCAGCCUCAAAUUCAGCCUCAGACUCAGCCCCAAAUUCAGCCACUUCCCCUGGAUAACCUGGAGCCAGCAAAGCCCAGUUUCGAGGACAUACGCAACGGAUCGUCAAGCAAAAACAGCGCCGUUCCGGAUGUCCCGCCGCCACCAAUACCAUCUGGACCGAAGCGCCCAAGACCAGCGGAUCCGGACAACUGAUACACCCGGAUAAAUCCGGUCACUCAGCCGCCUCCACAAACACGUAUUUAUUACCAUUUCGCUUAAGCAUAAUAAUAUCGAUUCCGAAGCAUUUGUACAAUGUGUCGCUAAGUAAGAGUUCAUUCAGAGAUAACGAAAUAAAUAUUAAAAAAAAAUAAA